AUGUAUGUUGUAGAACCAAAGCUGGACGACAUAUAUUACCACAGGGAGACAGUGUGCUAUUCUCUAGAGGGCAGGAGGACGACAUAUAUUUACCACAGGGAGACAGUGUGCUAUUCUCUAGAGGGCAGGAGGGUAGAUCUGCUUACAAUCUCAUCAUAUCACAAUAUCACCACCAACAGAGAGCCAAGACUUUCACAUCUGUUCCCCGAGUCUGAUUCUCUCAGACCAUUCCAGUUUACAAAAUAAAAAAGUAAGCUGGGAAACAAAGUGAUAUUUUUGAGUGCUAGAGUUCACCCUGGGGAAACUCCUUCAAGUUUUGUUCUGAAUGGUGUCUUAACGAUGCUCCUAAACAGAGAUGAUUCCAGUGCACAAGCACUGCGGAGGUGCUACGUAUUUAAACUGAUACCGAUGCUGAAUCCUGAUGGCAUUGUAAGGGGUCAUUAUCGAACUGACACAAGAGGAGUUAAUCUGAACAGAGUUUAUAACAACCCUUCUCCUCUGCUCCAUCCUUCCAUCUACGCAGCAAGGAGCCUGAUAUGUUAUCACCACUUUGGAGUAGAAGUACCUGAUGCGGACAUUACCAGUUCCUGUGAGGGCAAGUUAAAUCUGAUUUCCAACAGAGUAUCAGGAUUGAGUUUGGAUCUGUCUAACAACAACCUUGCAAAUGUGGGAAUUGGAGAGAACAGAUCAUCAAUCAGUUCAAGUUCGAACUCUGAAGGCACUGAUGAGAGUGAUGACAUCAAGGCUAACUCAGUCGGUGCCAGCAAGAUGACACCUCCCUUCACUCCUCCUCUUGGGGCUCGUAAAGAUAGCGCAGAACCUUUCCAGUCAGGUCUAUUUCUCUACGUAGAUCUCCAUGGACACGCUUCUAAGAAAGGGAUUUUUAUGUAUGGAAACCACUUCUCGAACCCAGGAGAGAAUGUGGAGUGUAUGCUGCUGCCCAAGUUGAUGGCUAUUAACUCUCAGCACUUUCACUGGACUGCUUGCAAUUUUUCUGAGAGGAACAUGUACCUCAGGGACAAGCACGGGGGGCUGAGCAGGGAAGGGUCUGGCCGGGUGGCAGUACUCAAGGCUACAGGGCUUGUUAGGAGUUACACUCUCGAGUGUAACUACAACACAGGCCAGAUGGUGAAUGUCCUGCCACCCACCCAACGAGAUACUCUGGAUCGUAGGAGCAGCACAUUGCUAGUUCCUCCAAAGUACAACCCUCAAGUUUAUGAAGAGGUGGGCAAAGGCUUGUGCUACUCUAUAUUGGAUCUUACGGGAGCUAACCCGAAUUCUCGGCUUGGAAAUUCCGAGUUCAGGACGUUGUGUGGAGUCAGAGAGUGGUUGAGAAAGUACGUGUCGGUAUCGGAUCCGGGUCCACACCCCAAACCUCACAAUCAGGUACGAUUUGGUAUAAGGCUAACUCCUAUAGUCGAUGUGAAACCUCCCAAGGAAAACACCGUCGGGAGCAGCCGGUCCAGAAAUUUGCCGGUUGUCCUGAAGGUCCGGACCAAGUGCGCAGCUAUACUAGCAAGCCAGGUUCUGCGUAGGAAUAAACCUGUGUCCGACGAAAUUCUUAAUAAGAAAAAUUCAAAGAGAAUCAAAGUAUCAGAUGACAAUAAAUCAAAAUGGAAAGUUUCAAGAUCUGAAGAGCCUCUGGUCCCGUGGCGAUCCGGAAGUAGGCUAGAAAAAAAAUCAGUUGCCGAUUCGAGUAGAAGAUUCAGUACAACGGACAGGAGGAAAAAGCCCAAGCCUAAAUAAACACGUCUCAGGAAACCUACAGUAUUCAAACCAAAAUUACUUGUAGUUUAAAUAAAUUGUAUCAAUAAAUAAAAUAACUGCCAUUUAUAUUUUAACCGAUAAUGAAUUAAACAUUAGUAGUACAAGUGUAUACAUUUAUAUAGAAAUUUGUAAAUAUACAUGAUAUCUAGAUAGAGUACUUGUAUUUAAUUCAGUGUACAUAAUCAAAUACAUAACGAGAUGAGAUAUUUAUGUAAGUGAAGUAUUGAAACCUUAAACAUAUUAUUUAUUGGUUAUAUUUACAUAAUUUUAAAAUGUUUGUAUAUUGACAUGGAUUUUUGUUAUAUUUAUAUUGUUAAAUUGAAGUUAUAUUAUUUCAUUAAAUUGAAGACCAAUUCAA